AUAAUGUGUUUAUUGCGUUAAGUUCUCUGAAUUAAAUUGAUCCUUCUAAGUGUUUCACGUGCUCCCAUUUUUGUAUUAAGUCAAAUCUUGCAAUUCCCUUUUAUGGGUUCCCAUUAAAGGGGCAGUGCCUUGGAGUUGGAGACAACAUUGUUAUUUCUGUGAAAGAUAACGGAUGAAAAUGGGGGAAGAAAAUUAGAUGAUCUUGGAAGUCUUUUGAUUUCAGAGUCGUUGAAGAUGGGAUUGGAUGGAGAUCAGAAAUGGGAGGAAGUGAUUAGAGAGAUAAAGAAGCAGAUGGGGUUGGCUGGUCCUCUGGUUUUGGUGAGUUUUUUGCAGUAUAGUUUGCAGCUGAUAUCUAUUAUGUUCAUUGGCCAUCUUGGAGAACUUCAACUCUCUGGUGCUUCAAUGGCUCUCUCAUUUGCUGGAGUCACUGGCUUUAGUCUCUUGUUGGGAAUGGGCAGUGCAUUGGAAACGUUAUGUGGACAAUCAUAUGGAGGAAAACAAUAUGAAAUGCUUGGGAUUCAUAUGCAAAGAGCUAUGGUUGUUCUGUCACUUAUCUGUAUUCCCAUAGCUCUUUUAUGGGCUUCCAUUGAACAAAUCUUGACCUUUCUUAAACAAGAUCCUCUAAUCUCAGAGCAAGCUGGGAUUUAUGGCAAAUGGCUAAUCCCUAGCAUUAUCCCUUAUGGUCUUCUUCAAUGCCAACUUAGAUUCUUACAAACCCAACAUUUAACUUCUCCAUUGUUGAUUUCCACUGCUGCUUCAAGUUUCAUUCAUCUUUUGGUUUGUUGGGUUUUGGUUUUUGGAUUUGGGUUUGGGAUUAAAGGAGCUGCUUUCUCCACUGCCAUUACUUAUUGGGUUAAUGUCAUCAUUUUGGGUUUGUAUAUCAAGUUUUCUCCUCAUUGUCAAAAGACUUGGACUGGAUUUUCCAUUCAUGGGAUCAACAAUUUGCUUACCUUCUUGGCUUUGGCUGUUCCUUCUUCCCUCAUGGUCUGCUUGGAGUUCUGGUCGUACGAGUUUUUAGUUCUCAUGUCGGGGCUUCUUCCAAAUCCUGAGUUGGAAACGUCGAUGCUAUCAAUCAGCCUGAGCACAAGUUCAUUGGUUUAUAGAAUCGCAUAUGGUUUCGGUAGUGCUGUCAGCACAAGAGUAUCAAAUGAGUUAGGGGCAGGAAAGGCAAUGGCAGCUAAGCUAGCAGUGAAAGUAGUGGUGUUUUUGGGGUUAAUAGAAGGAAUUGCUUUAGGAGUUUUGCUAAUUUCACUUAGAAACAAAUGGGGUUUUGUCUACACAAAUGAACCACAAGUUGUUCGAUAUCUGAGUUCAAUAAUGCCGAUCCUCGCCAUUUCCAACUUCAUGGACGCCAUCCAAGGCGUCCUUUCAGGGACAGCAAGAGGAUGUGGAUGGCAGAAGAUUGGGGCAUGGGUGAAUCUUGGAGCUUAUUAUCUAGUUGGGUUACCUUGUGCCAUAACCUUCACUUUUGUGCUUCAUUUUGGAGGAAAGGGAUUAUGGAUGGGAAUCACCUGUGGAAGCUGUCUACAAUCAAUACUACUUUUACUAAUUACUUUUACCACAAAUUGGGAGGAGCAGGCAACCAAAGCAAAGGAAAGAAUGAUGGAUACUUCUACUUCAACUCUUCCUACAAUUACAACACCCCUUUUACAAUAAAUACACAAAAUUAAUACUAAUAACAAUCGUGUUCGGGGGCCAGCAGGAACACGUGCCCCCUCACAUUAUAAAUUUUUGUAUUUUAAUAUUAGUUUUGAAGUGUUAGAUUACAAUAUAUAUUAAACAAUGUUGUAUUUUAAACAUAAUAUUGUUGUAAUGCGGUGGUUGUGCCUCUAUUCUUACAA